CCGCCGGUCCCUCCCCCGGCGGCCUGGCGCCUCCCUCCCUCCCCGCCGCGGUGACUCACGGAGCGGGAGGCGGAGGCUGAGGCGGCCGCUCCCGCUGCUGCUGCUGCCGCCGCCGCGGCUGCUUGGGCUGAGCGCGCCCCGGAACAGGCCGCCGCGCGCCGCUCUCGGACCCGCAGCCCCCGCCCGCCCGGCCGGGUCGGGCGGCCCAGGGCUGCACCUUCCUAUUUCUCCCUGGCCACAACCUGCCCAUCGCAGUUGAGCCCCAGUUUGCCUGAAGUUAAUUUCCAGAAGCAGGAGUCUCCAGAGCUGGCCAGGGGAUGAACCGCGAGGGGGCGCCCGGGAAGAGUCCGGAGGAGAUGUACAUUCAGCAGAAGGUCCGAGUGCUGCUCAUGCUGAGGAAGAUGGGCUCCAACCUGACGGCCAGCGAGGAGGAGUUCCUGCGCACCUACGCGGGGGUGGUCAACAGCCAGCUCAGCCAGCUGCCCCAGCACUCCAUCGACCAGGGUGCAGAGGAUGUGGUGAUGGCAUUUUCCAGGUCGGAGACGGAGGACCGGAGGCAGUAGCUGUGAACCCCUUGGAACACUCUGGAAGCUGGCAAGGGCCAAGAGAUCUGUGUGGACCUCACCGGCUGAGUGGCAGAGGUCAUCUUCCCUACCCCCCACCCACCACCCCACCCCUUCCCGUCCCGCCUCACGGCCACUCAGCAUCAUCGAGGGAGACACCAGUGGUGCAGUUACGAUUGGCUUGAAGGGACGGACUCAUGAUUGGCUGCGGGAAGAAACCUUUUUAUUUUUAAAUCUUGACCAACGGAAACCUUUUUAUUUUUAUUUCUGACUCUUAUUUUUUAAAAAAAUUUGCGCCUCGGUGUAUGGCUUCCCAGGAAGCUCUCCGAGCUCUGGUGCUUUAUUUAGGUCACUUUUUAGGAAUGUGAAGAGGUCCGAUUGGCUGCUUAAACUGGAAAAGGAUCUUGAUUGGCAGGCUAAUGGGAAACGAUUUUUUUUCUUUGAUUGGCUGCAGGUGUCCUGCUGAUCAGCAACAGCUUCUCCCUUUUGAAUGUCGAAAACAGGGUUUGGGACGUUGGUUGUUAUAUUUGACUUGAAAAAAAGAAAGAAAAAAGAAACCAAGUGCGCUUUGCAAUAUUUAUUACACAAAGAGCUUACUGCUGCUUUCACGUGUUUUGUUUGUGUUUGCAUUCGAUUGGCCUUCGGUAUGUGUGUUUGGUUUCCCAUUGGCUCACCCAUGACUCCCGUUGUCAUGGGCUCCCCCUCUGCUGCCUGCAGGCCCUCUCCAGCCCCAGGGUUCACCUGGAAAAUGCAUUUGCUUUAAUGACCAUGCCCGGCUCCACCAGCAUGGGGACCACGAGGACCCCCAAGCAAGAUCCGCAGAUGGAAAACAGGGCCCCCGAGGAAGUCUGUGUUGUACUGAUCUAGCAGCCCAGAGCUUAGAGGUGACCAUUGGCCAGGAUUUAUGUGCAUCACUUCCAUGAGUUGGCAAGCAUCCAGCUUCCCUUGGUGAGAAUGGAAUCGCUCACACGCCAUCCGUCCAGCUCCCCCAGCCUGCCUGUGCUGAGCAGACGAGUAGGCGCUGGGUGGCUCUAUCCUUUCAGCCAUUCCCUCCAUAGGCUACUUCCUGAGGCCUCAUCUGGGGGCUCCGCCUGUAAAGGGAAGGAGCUGCUCCCAGCUGUGAGACCCCAAAACAUGGCAGAGGUCUCUGCCUGGGAGCCUAGAACCCACGCAGAGGCUUCAGCUUGGCUCACCAGGCCCAGGAGGCCUCUGGUUCCAAACACCCCCUUCCUCCCCAACCUCCCCCAGCCUCCUCUGGAGGUGUCUGCUGCUGGAGCAGUGGGUCCUGACCAGACUGCCCUCAGAUGGGUCUCUCUCCACAGCUGCCUGGAAGUGACAGGCAUUAUUUAUGAAGUGCCCACUGGGACAGCUAGCUGAUCCUUCACUGAACAGAUCCCACCAGGCUGGCCCUCAACCCAGGCCCCCCAAAACACAUUGCAGGGAAGUGGUCUUUGAAGGGCUGCAGGAACCCCAAGUCCUCCCACCUAGCCUCCUUCCUCCCCUGGAGGCAGCCUGCCCUGCUUCCUGCAUCUCUCAGGGGAACAGAAUCUGGGUGUGGAGUUGGAGGAAGCUGUGGACCUCAGGGAGACAGUAAAUGCCUGAGGCCUCCUUCCUGCCCCAGGUACCCAGAGCCAGGAGAAAAUUCUCAAGAGUCAAAUCUCCCCCUUCUCAGGGCUUGGGGCUGUCGUGGAGCAUAGGAGUGAACGCCAGCGUGCCCUAGGCCCAAGCCCUGGAAGGCUCCACGGUGAGUGGUCGUUGUACUCUGAGCUUCCUCUGAGCCUUGCCCAGAGGAGAACCAGAGUGUCACAACCUAGACACUCAUGUCCUCCACAUAUUGGCCACAUCAGUUGGCUGAUCGUUAACCUGAAGAGGCUGUGGGGGACCCCAGCAGGGGCCUGAGAUCAUCUUCCUCUCAGGGGCAGGGCACGUGCACACGCGUGUAUAAGUACACAAACUCAGACUCGCACAUGCACACUCCCAGCUCAGUGGCCUGCAGCUCCAGCUGAGCCCCUGGGGAAACGCGAGUGUUUUUCAGUCUCUGCCCCGGCCCCAUGUGGUAUAUCUGUUAACAGACGUCAGUGCCGGUGUGGCCGGCUGCUCCCUCUCCUUGUACCUGUAGCUCUCAUAAAGGGUCCGUGUCCCGGCUGAUGGUGUGUUCCUGCCCCAGCCUGUCCUUGCCAAGGUCAUGGGCCUCCCUCUUGUAACUGUGGUGGCCCUGAUCUGUCUCAUCUUCUGAAGAAGGAAAGUGAAAAUGUUGCUGUGGCUUCAUAUUUCAACUAAAAAUAUAUCUGUUGGAGAAAAAAAACAAUAAAAAUUUUUAAUAGUU